CCGCCUCCACCACCGCGCUGCAGGAUGCGCUGCUCGCCGUUCCGGGCGGCCGUGUGCGGCCUGCUGCUGGUGGCCGGGCUGCAGCUGCUCUACCUCGGCCUGUUGCCGGGCCUGCAGCCGGUGGGCGGCCGGCGGGAGAGGCCGGGGCCUAGGCCGGGGCCGGAGCCGGGGGCUGGGGUGGAGGCCGAGGCCGCCCGCCUGGCGCUGCAGCUGGGGCUGAGGUCCGGCGGUCAGCCCGAGGCCGGCGGCCGCUACCGCCUGUACCCGGACGUGACCGGCCAGGCGGGCAGGCGAGGCCGAGGCUUCGGGCCGGGCCUAGGCCUGACCAUAAGCCUCGGCCUCGCCACCCACUCCUCCCCCAACAACCUGCACCACUUGCCGGGCUUGACCCGCCGCUGGCAAGGCCCCAUCUCUCUGGCCCUCUUCGCCACCCAGUCCGACCUGUCCGAGGCCCUUCAGGCCCUGCAGCUCCUGGUCCUGCACUGCCCGGGGGUACGAGAGCUGGUGACGGUCACCCUGGUCACUCCGGCCACCGUCCGGCCACCUCCGGACGUCCCCCGGGCCCCGGCGCUCCAGGGCGGCGAUGAAAGGGGUGGCGAAAGGGACCCCCUCUGCCACCGGGCCCUGGAGCCCGUCUACCGCCUGAGGGGCCGCUACGCCAACUACGCCCUGGCCAACGCCUCCUACCCGGGAAACCUCCUGCGCAACGCCGCCCGCCGCGCCCUGCCGGCCCGCCACGUGGCGGUGGUGGACGUGGACAUGCUGCCGAGCGGCGGGCUGUACCGCCGGUUGCUGCGGCUGCUGGACCUCCGGCCCACCGCCGUCGCCGACGCCGCCGCCACCGUGUACGUGCUCCCGGCCUUCGAGAUCCGCCGCAGCCGGCGGCUGCCGUCCAGCAAGGCCGAGCUGCAGCGGCUCUACCAGGUGGGCGAGGUGAGGCCCUUCUACGGCGAGCUGUGCCCCCGCUGCCAGGCCCCCACCAACUACAGCCGGUGGAUCAACCUGGGCCCCGCGCCGGACCUGAGGGUGGCCUACACCCUGAGCUGGACUGACCCCUGGGAGCCCUUCUACGUGGGCCCCAGCACCGUGCCUCCCUACGAUGAACGGUUCGAGCAGUACGGGUUCAAUCGCAUCAGCCAGGCCUGCGAGUUGCACGUGGCGGGCUUUUCCUUCGCCGUGCUGGACGAUGCCUUCCUCGUCCACAAGGGCUUCAAGGUCCCGGGGGAGUUCCACGCGCAGAAGGACGAGGAGAAUCGGAGCAACCGCGCCCUGUUCCGCCAGUUCAAGCAGGAGCUGAAGCUGAAAUACCCCGAGUCCCCCCGCCGAUGCUGAGUCUCCCUGGGACUACCGAUCGCAGGCGCCCCACCGCGCCCAAUCCCGUGGACCAUCCCCCCUCUCGUCCGUGGGUCAAGGUGAGCCAUCCAGCACGUCAAUAGACAAUAGACGCAGGAGCAGGCCAUUCGGCCCUUCGAGCCAGCACCGCCAUUCAAUGUAAUCAAGUCUGAUCAUCCCCAAUCAGUUUCACCCUCCCUCUGACUAAAGAA